GGUUGCAGGUAAACAACAUGCCGCUUCUCAAAAGGCCAUAUUUACAUAUAUGGUAAAGCUGUAAAUAGGGCGGUGACUGUAAGGGACUAUUUAAACGGGUUAGCCUGCAAGACUGGGGAGAGGGAGAAAAACAUGGGACACCGAGAAUUGACAAGCUCUCUCCCACACUUUGCUUCUGACUGAAAUAAAUAUUUAUUCCGGUUAAGAAGACAGUGUGUACUGAGUUUUAUUUCAAGAAACAACAGCCUUCCAAGAACACCCAAAGAGGAGUCCACGAGAAACAAGAAGACACAACAAAAAAUGGCGCCCGAACAGGGACUUGAUUAAGACUUGAUUGAGCCUUGAUUGAGACAUCAGUUGAGACUUCGGUUGGGACUUCAGCAGGACCUUGAAAACAGGGACUUCAGUUGCGGCUCCAGGCAAGAAAAAGAUCCGGGGACCCCGAAGGGAUCCAGUUGUGGCUCCGAGUGGUUUGACGUGGCAAGCUUUCGCUCUCACGCCGGCAAAUAAAGGAUUGGAGACAGGAGACAGAGAGGAAGGAAAAGAGAGGGGUUGCUGACAAGCAACAGGGACGGAGUGUCACAUGUACUGGCUGCUGUGUUGACGUCAACCAUAUCAGUCUAGUGAUCAUCCAUAAAUUUCUUCCUUAUAAACACCUGCAUAUACACAUAGUGGCAUUUACAUUUAUAACUAUCGUAAAUUAGGAAUAUUACUUUACUCUCAUUGGUGAUUUAUACAGGGGUGUAUGAGAAUUGGAAAAUAGAUUAAGCAGGAAGUAUUUUGGCCAUAAGGAAAUAUACCAAGGGGGGUUAGAAGUUAAAAUAAAAACACAUAACUAAACAGAUUGAUUGAUUGACUGGUUGGUUGAUUGAUUGACUGGUUGGUUGAUUGAUUGACUGGUUGGUUGAUUGAUUGAUUGGUUGGUUGAUUAAGUGAUUGAUUGGUUUGAAUGAUUGAUUACAGAUGUUGAUUAGCUCAUUAGUUAAAGGUGUGAGAAUCACAAAUAGUGGUAAAUUAAGUAAAAGUUUAGGACUGUAAUUGGGAAGACAAAUUAACAGAGAAUCUUUUGAAACUUUGGUUGGAAACUUUAGACUUUAGACUUGGGAAUUGUUUUUCAGUGUUUAAGUUUUCUGGAGUUGGCAACAAUUCAAGCUGAGUCAUGUGGAUAGCAAUUGAAAAAAUAAAUAAAUAAAUAAAUAAAAAUAAAUAAAUACAUAAAAUUUUAUUAAUUUCUCUGUAAUAUUAAAGUAAUCUUGGCAAUUGGUAUUUCUUCACAUUAGAGGAACAUAGAAAGGGUAGGAAUAUGUCAAAUAUGGGAUUAAGUGGAUCAAAAGGAAUAACCCCAGUUGAUGUGGUCAAGAAAAAUAAUCCUAUAAUUGAAGGCAUUAAAAAAAUAUCAGGGAAAUGGAAUAAACAAUGGCCUGAUAUUGAAAAGCCAUGGCCAGUUGAAGGGACUCUUAACCCAGAUGUGAUUAAAGUGAUACAGGUGCUGGUGACUACAUACAAAGCAAAUGAGAAAAAAGGGAAGAAAGGGGAAAAAAGGAAGGAAAAGAGAGAGAUGGAGCUUGGUGUUCUUCAACUGUUUGAACAAGAAGGACAGAAGUUGCUCAAAGCCACCAAGGAAAGAAGAGAGAAGGGCCAAGAAGAAAUGGAGAGGAAUGCAAGAAAAAUAGAAAAACAGAUGGCAGAAAUUAAUGCACCAUUUUCACAUGUAACUCCAGUAAAGGAACCUCCACCACAUGAGAAAGAAGUGAAGUUUGAAGACAUUUACCCCCAAGUCCCAGUGAUAAGUCAAGAGGGAGAAUAUCAAAUUACGGAUGAUGAUAAUCAAAUAAUGGAAGCAGGAAAAGCAGAGACAAUCAUAAAAAUGAUCCCACAUACUAAAAGUAAAAGGACAUCAAGAUGGCUGCAAACCAAGGGGAUCCUAAAGAUUAGAAAGACAAAAAGAGGAGAAGAUGAAGAUCACAGUGAUUGGGAAGAGGCUGCAGGAGGAUAUGAUCCAGCUGUCAGGCGGUUGCUGGCAAAGGCAGAAAGGAAAGGAGAUAAAACAAGGAAACUUGAAGACUUUGAUGACAGAAGCUCUACCAGUGAAAACAAAGACAGUGAUGAUGAAUGGGACAGCAGAAAGUCAGUGUCUUCAAGAGGAUUUGUCCCUGCAACAUCAAGCACAAGAACUGAAGAGGACUUGCAGAGGGAUAUGAAAGAAGUAGAAAGAAGCAUAGACCGAUGCAUUUCAUUCUUGGAAAAGACCACAAGUCAAGGAAGCCAAAGAGCUUUGGAGAAACAACUUAAGGAGUUGAAGACACAAAAGAAAGACUUAAAGAAAGAAGUGGAAAACAGAUAUUCGAUGCCACAUGAUAAAAUGUGUCCAGUAAUCGUCAGAGGACAAAAUUUGGAAUACAAGCCUUGGCAGAACACGGACAUGUCAGAUGUGCUGGAAAAGCUGCCAACUAUUCAAGAUGGAGCAUAUCCUUGGAUCUCAAAGUUGGAGGAAAUCAUGGUGGGAACACAACCUGCCAUAGGUGAUAUUAAACGACUAUUGGCUAAUCUCCUGGGAGUUCCAGCCAUGGAAGAAAUACUACAAAAAGCAGGAUUAGACCGCUAUGUGGGAACAGCUGUGAAUGAUCCAGAAUUAUUUUCUGCAGUAAGAGGUCGAAUGUGGAGAGCAGUGAGAGAUACAUUUCCAACAAAUGUACAUCCAGAUAACAUUCUUAUUGAUCCGUUGGGAGAAGAAGAGAAUCCAAGGUCGUAUGUGUCUAGGGCUCAUCACGUGUGGAGGAAUGUUACAGGAAAUGAUCCGGAGGUAAAUCAAAUGGAACAAUCCAUCCUGAGAGCCAAGAUACAGAAGGGACUUCCUCUGUCUGUAAGAAACAAGCUGGCAGAAGUGGUUGGUCUAGGAAGUAUGGCAACAGGGCUUUACACAGAUCACAUCGCCCAUCAAGUGGAGCUGUACAGGAAGAAAGCAAGAGACCAGAAAGAGAAUGAUCAAGAGACCAUCAGAAAGCUCACUCACAUAAAAUUGCUGGACAAUACAAAGAAAGAAAAGAAGCAAGCAGUGGUAAUGCAAGGUAACAGUGAAGGUCAGUGGAAGGGUCAGGAGUCUCUGCUGGACAAAUAG